UCCUUUGCGUAUUUUACGAUUAAAGACAGACUUCCGCAGAUCCUCACAAGAGUUAUUGAUACUUUGCAUCGGCAUAAAAAUGAAUUUUUUGAAGAACAUGGUGAGGGUGUUGAAGCAGAGAAGAGAGCUAUAUCUUUCCUCUCCAAACUGCGGAAUGAGCUGCAGACAGACAAGCCAGUGACCCCUUUGGAAGAUGAGUUGCCUGAUGCUGUGCUGUGGAACCAAUACCUGGACUACCAACGAAAUUUACCAAAUGGAAAUGGAGAACCAAGUUGGUUUCAGUCCCCUUGGCUGUACGUAGAGUGUUACAUGUAUCGAAGAAUCCAUGCAGCAUUAGCACAGAACCCACCUAUUGACAACUUUGAUGUAUUUAAGGAAGGAAAGGCUCAAAAUUUCUUUGAAUCCCAAGAAGCUGUUAUUGCCUUAUGCACUUACUUUCAGGAACUUCUUAAGAACAUCAAGGAUCUAGAUGAAAAGCAGCUUCAGGAGGAGCUUUUUAAGCUAUUGCAGGUGUCAUUGUGGGGCAAUAAGUGUGACCUUUCUUUUUCAGCUGGUGAAGACAGCUCUCAGAAAUCUAGUCCUUUGCAAUCCCUGGAAAACAUGGUACCUUACAUCUUGGUGAAUGAUAUGGAAAAAGUUUGGUCACUACUAAAUGCCAAAAAAAAUAGAACAGAAAGAAGUAAUGUUAGAGUUGACAUAAUCCUGGAUAAUGCUGGAUUUGAACUUGUAAGUGAUCUUGUGUUGGCUGAUUUCUUGUUGUCGUCAAAGCUAGCUGAUGAAGUCUAUUUUCAUGGAAAAAGUAUUCCGUGGUAUGUAUCUGAUACCACAAAGCAUGAUUUUAACUGGACUAUUAAACAGCUGGGGUCAGCUAAUCAUAUGUGGAUGUCUAGAUGUGGGAUAAACUGGGAGGGCAAUUUGAAAAAGGGAGUUUGGGUUUUCCGUGAUCACAUGUUUUGGACUUUACCACACGAUUUUUCCAGUAUGAGUGAAGUUGCUCCUGAUUUGUAUGCUGAGCUACAGAAGUCAAACUUGCUUCUUUUCAAAGGUGAUCUAAACUAUAGAAAAUUGACAGGAGAUAGAAAAUGGGAAUACAAUGUCCCGUUUCAUCAAGCCUUGAAUAAGUUUCAUCCUGCGCCUCUCUGUAGUUUGAGAACACUGAAAUCUGACACUCAGGUUGGCCUGAAACCUGGACAAGGUGAGCAAAUUCAGGCUUCUGAACCUGAGUGGAUGGUAAGUGGAAAAUAUGGGGUAGUUCAGUUUGAUGCUGGUCUCUAGUUAAAUGAUUUAUAAUAUUCUGAAAGAGACAUUAAGUCUGACUUUAAUUAAUCUUUUCUGUUCCAUGCUUGGCUUCAGUAAAGAUUCUUUUUUGUUUGUGCUUUUUCCUCCCAAGUGAUUUGUUGUUUUUGUCCUGUGGAAGACUUUAAUGUUGUGCAAAUAUUUAUAAACUGUCUUCGGAUACGUAAAUCAAUCUGCAUUUCAAUACAUUUUCUUUUCCUAUUGUCCAAUGUCAGCAGAUCUUUAAGAUGAAUAUUUCGUUGUCCAUAAUGCUUUUUCUUCAUCAGUGAGUAUGAGUUUAAUGAGUGAAAGCUUUACAAGUGAAAAAUUUGCUUCAGAAACAAUUGCCCCAGUGCCACAUUAGCAUGAAUUUACUUAUUUUGGAAUAAUUUGUGCUCCAUGUCAUUUCAUGCAUUGCAUGAAAGUUAGUAUUUUAGAGAGUUCAGAAGUUAAUUACAGACAUAUUCUUUUGAUGUUUUGAGGAUAUUUGCAUUACAUUAAGGGAUAAGUUAUUGUGUAGCAGCUUGUAAACAUUCAUGUAGAAUUGAAAAUUGAAUUUCAGUUUUAAAGCACAAGUGAAUGUUGCUAGCCAGGUUGCCUGUGGGAGAGUUGUCCCAUCUGGUAGGAAGAUUAGUGGGAGAAAGGACAAUCUCAUUUUAAGAAUAUUGAAGAUACUGUUUAUUUACAAAGCUGUACCAAAAAAGAAGCACACAGAAAAACCUCUCCAAACAAAAAAUUAAUGAAACCCAAGCAGUUGCAUUAACUGGACUUUAGAUUUAAUGCAGACUUGAUCUGCAGGUGGCCUGUCAGCAGUGUAUGUAUGAGGUUCAAGCACUGCUGCUUCUCUGUUGUGGUAAUGCUCUUUAUUUUUCAUAUGUAUUUGUUUGGGGGUUUUUGGUUGGUUGGUUGUUGUUUAAGAAGGAUGCCUUAAUUUUUAGGGAGGAUAUACAACCCCAUUUGCACUGAGAAGUACAGGGUAGAGAAGCAUAUGCCAUACAGGUUCCUGUUAACUAGAGUUGUUAGGUGCCCAUUUCUACUCUUCUGCCCUGGUCUCAAAACAUAACAUUUGUUAUGUUCAUGCAACAAAGAUCUAUACAGUGGAUAAAUAUGUUCCAAAUGCUGAUGACUUUGAUUAUUUGUGUUUCUUUUCUUCUUCUUAAAUAUGAAAGGUUCCAAGGUCAGGUAUUCAAAAACAAAGAUGCAAGGAAUUUCAUGAGGCAGUUAUAGGGAGGGUUAUAGUUUUGAGACCUGGGUUUACUGGUCUUAUCUCCUUUGUAUCUUUGGCUUAGUACUCCUACAGGGUGAAUUAAUCCUCAUCCUUAGGCACCUGAUUCAGCUGUAGAAAUUAAAAAUCUAGUCAAGAAGGGUGAAGGCCAGGGUGCUGAAGAUUUCUGACUAGAGAGAGCUCAACAGCACUCCAGCUUUAGUGCUUUGAUCAAAUAUUUAAAUGACAGGAUGAAUCUGUUCACUGGAGCCUCAGUGUCUCAUCUUUGAAAGUGCUGUUAACUUGUUUGAAGUGCAUUUUGAAGCAACAACUUUGGGUCAAGAACAGAGAGAUGGAAGUUGUGGAAUAUGUGGAAUGAGAACAUCAUACCUUGCUCAGAGAGCAAUUUGGGACAGAAUCGGCUUUGCUGUGCUCAUAUUGUUUGUAAGGUGCUGACUUAAUUUGCUGGAGAAGUUUAAAAGAAUGUAAUGAACAAGAAGAGAAAGUCACUGUUGAGGCCACCCUUGACAUAUAGAUCUGCCUCUUACACAAUCCUUACACAUGCUGAGAAACUCGAUUUAGUGUUUUACUGGUUGCUACUGUGUCCCUGUGCCCAGGUUGCUUUCAGGCUCUUACUUCUGAGAACUCACAAUGCAGAUUGGGGAAAAUUGGUAGUAUGAAGUUAUGAUAAAUACAGUCCUACAAAAUCCAAAAUUAAUUAGGAGAGGCAGCGAUGUUUGCUCAGUAUUACUGAAUUAUGAAGAUUACUACCAGACAUGUAAUUUGUAGCUUAGCGUGAUGUCAUGGCGAAAAAAAUAUCUCUAUUCUCCUGUUGAUUAAAAGUGCACUUUCCAUCUUUUGCCCCUCACGAAAAGAAGUUAAUGUGGUAACACAGUGUGACUGUGUGGCUGUGUAAGGAAUGCACAGCCAUAACUUCCAAAUGCUUGACUUCUGUAGCUGGAAUUGCAAGGGCUAUCUCUAGACAGAACUGAAUAUUCAGCAUACUUUUAUGUGUGUUGGUUGGCUGUAUUUUUGUAAAAUUUUGAUUGAUUGUAUGAAAAAAAGAACAUCAGUGUUGCUGUAAUGCAGUGUUACAAUCUCCCAUGAUACAACCAAGAUGUGAAGGCAUAUUCCAAUGGGGCACAGUGCUCUCAUAAUGGGUUUGCUACAGUUUACUUAAAAAUAGGAAACUCUUUUGUAGUUAUUCAGUGUUGUAAUACAGCUUCAUGAAAUGCCAACAUGAACCUAUUGCGUUUAGGUGGAAUUUAAAAACAUAAUCUGAAGCAUGUGUUAGAACACUAGCAUUUACUAGUAAAAAAUGUAAUGUAACAUUUUUUUUACUUGAGUAUUUAAGAAAGUUCUGUCGUGGUGAGCUCUCUGUGUUUGGAGACAAAAGGUUUGACUCAAUUUUAUUAGAAGGUUGAUUUAUUAUGCUAUAUAUUAUACUAAAAUAUUACAUAAAAACUAUACUAAAAGAACAGAGAGAAAAGAAAGAUUAGAAGGUUACAAAGAAUAAAAAUAGAAUAGAAUGCAUAACAAA